AUGAACGGUUUAUUCUCGUGUUGCUUCGACGAGUGUCUGAUGGGCUUCGGAGAAGAGAAAUAUCUGGUGCCCUUCACCUGGAACCAGCUCCGUCGGCACUAUCCAGUUCGGCUACUGCUUACGGACAUGGAUGGGACUUUCCUCAACUCCGCCCACAAAGCAUCGGCUGCAAAUGUCGCUGCUUUCGCAUCUUUGCGAAGUCACGGAAUCAUUCCUGUUGUGACUACAGGGCGGCCGCGGCAAAGCGUGAUCGAUGGUAUAGGUCCCGAGGUAUACGAGCGAAUGGUUCCUCAUGGAAAAGGCCCGGGAAUUUUCAUGAACGGAAGCGUCGUCUACGGCCUUUCGGGGGAGCUCCUUUACGAGAAGCAUAUCGAAUUGAGUGACGCUGAACAACUAUUCCAGGCGUUGGACCGGAUCGGCUGUCGGGACCGCGUUUGCGGUUACAACGAGCAAGGCAUCUAUUGCGAAGAAGAGAAUGAAUUCAACUUCAGACUCCAUCUGGAGUACGGCGAACCCAGGCCCACCGUUGUUGAAAAAGGCCAGCUUCCAAAGAUGAAGUUCAACAAGAUCAUCAUAAACGGAACGGACGAAACAACUGACAAACUCCGAGCAACGCUUGAGCCUCAACUGAGUUCGGGUGUGAAAUGUGUGCGUCCGCUGACAUGGAAUCUUGAAGUCAUCCCCGCAGGCAUUUCCAAAGCAACAGGCAUGCAAGUUCUUCUUGACCACUUGGAACUCACGCGAGCAAAUGUUGCUGCUAUGGGGGACAGUGAGAACGACGUAGACAUGCUGAAGAAAGCUGGUGUCCCGAUCGUUGUUGCAAAUGCCACGGACGUCGCGAAACGAGCUGCCAUCUAUCAAACGGUCUCGAACGAUGAGAGUGCUUUUGCCCAGGUGGUCAGUGAGCUUCUGUUGGCUCAAGCACACUCCAGCUCCAAGUCGUAA